ACUACGUAGUACAAUAUUUUUUAUUUUUAUAUAAAAUAACAUUAAACUAAAAAAUUUAGUGUUUAAUAAACAAAUUAGCAUCUAGUGUAAAAAGCGACAUGCGGAAUUCGUGCACCUCAACAAUCAAAUUCUCAAAUGUUUCAAAAAAAUUUUGACUACGAUGCAGGCACCAGUGGUAGAGUCAGGCGUGCAACUAUUUUCACGACUGAACAAGUCUCAAUUUUGUUUGGAAGACGUGAAUCCUAAACUGUUUCAAGGGGGCUCUCCUCGCCCCAAUGACAUUGUCGAAGUUACAGGCGACUUUAGUACGGAUUUGCUUGUUGAUUUUUUAGUUCGGUGUAUUUUGCCAAAGGAACUCAACCAAUACUGGAAAGAAUCAGGUGUUGUCUUUGUAAAUACCACUUUCCACAUAAGUGUCUUAAAAAUCACAAAUACGAUUGAUGCCCACCUCAAAAAUCUUAAAAUAAAAAACAGGAAAAGUCUGAUAGAAAAAGCGCUAACAUUCGUCACUUUUUUAAACUGUUACGAUGAAGAGCAGUUUGAAACAACUUUGAGGAAUUUGGAGAAAAUGAUUCAAGACAAAGACAAUUGUAGUCUCUUAAUUAUUGAUGAUAUAACAUCUCAAUUUUGGGUGGCUAAACAGAAAAACUCGAUUUUGAGUUACGAUCAAUUUUCUAGAAAUAUUUUCAGUCUCUUACAAAGUGUUGUUAAGAAUUUAAAUCUAGUUUCAAUUUUUUGUCGACACCAAGUGGGAAGCUUGAAAAAACCUGUUGAUUUGCAAGUAGAUUACAAAAUAAUUGGCGAAGAAUUAGACUCAAAAAAACAAUUUGUAGUGAUUGAUUACGGAAGAAAAAUAACAACAAGAGUUACGUUUAAUUUAGACUCAUUUAUUACUUUUCUCUAAUUAAAACUUCUUAAGUUGUGCU